ACUUGAAGCAUCUGUUUUCCACGGAACCCUUCUACUGUUCAAUCCUGUUUGAUGGCAGCACUGACAAGAGCCUCUCGGAAAAAGAAGUAAUUAGUGUUAAGUUGCUUGAGGACGGACUGCCUAGGUUCAAACUUCUUGGGUAAGUAAGUGUUUACUUCUUGUGAUAACGUGACUUUUUAUGACAUAUAUGGCUUAGACUAGUCACCCUAGCUACAUAAAUAAUUGCACCAUUAAUAAAUAAAGUUCUCCUUUAUUCUUCUAGAAUUACAGAACCUGGUCAAUGUACUGCUGAGGGCAUAUACAAUGCAAUUACUGCAAAGACUCGAGAAAUGCAGCUUGACAUCAAGACAUGCUGUGUUGCAACAGCAGCUGAUGGAGCUUCAGUUAAUUUUGGGAAAGAAUCUGGUGUACUGGUUCGACUGAAGAAAACAAUGCCAUGGCUUAUAAUGAUACACUGCAUUGCACAUCGUCUUGAGUUGGCCCUGAAAGAUUCAUUCAAGGGUUCAUUUUAUGAACUUGAGAUAGAUAAUCUGAUGAUGCAUCUAUAUUAUAUGUACCGGCGAUCUGUCAAGAAAUGGCACGAGCUUCAGAGAACAGCUGAGACAUUUGGUGAACAUGUAGUGAAACCAUCACGAUCUCAGGGCACCAGAUGGAUAGAUCAUCGCAGAAAGGCAUUAACAGCCCUGAUCCAGGAUUACCGCUGCAUUGUAACACAACUCCAAGAGCAAGGAUCCGAAUUGCGAAAAGACAUCCCAGCAGGAGACCGUGCAAAAAUGAGAGGAUAUUCCAAACUCAUGACCUCACACCGCUUCGUACUAUACUUAGCUUCCUACCAGGAUCUUGUGGAAGACCUGGCAGAAUUGUCGCUCUCACUCCAAGAUGACAAUCUUCCAAUUUCUGGUGUACGAGCAAACAUUGAUCUUGCGCAGGCUAACCUCAUUUCAAUGGUCAAUAAUCCAGGGAGAAAUCUACGUAGAGUCCUACUUGAGACCACAGCUGCUGAAAAUGAUGGCGUUGUAAGAUUUAAAGGUAUCGAGUUGGUGACAUCUCCUUCUGAAGUGGACACGUUCAACAGAAAGUCGAAAGAGAUAAUAGAAAGGAUCACCAUUUGCAUCUCUAGCAGAUUCCGAAAUUUUGUUGAUGACCCAGUGCUUUCAGCAGCUGAUAUUUUAGACCCAACAAACUACCCAACAGAUCAUCAAGCUCUUGCUGUUUAUGGACAAAAGGAAAUUACAACCCUCACAGAUCAUUUCAAUGCACUUCUAGUGAAAAAGGGCUGCCAGGUAGAUGAGAUAGAACGGGAGUGGGCCAAGCUGAAAUAUGAUAUAUCUCGAAAUCACAGACAGGAGGCAUUCUAUCCGUUAUGGCAAAAGAUGCUUACCCAGAAGGAGGACCGGUACAGCAACGUACUCCACCUUGUACGAAUUCUACUGGUCUGCCCUAUUGCCACUGCGCAUGUCGAGCGUCAGUUCUCAUACAUAAAGAGAAUUCUGGGAGACUGGCGUCUCAACCUGGGCCUGAGUACCAUCCAGCAUUUACUCCGAAUAUGUUCUGAGGGACCCGAGCCUGAAAAUUUCCAGCCAGCGCCUGCAGUCAAUCGAUGGAGGUCUUCCUGUGUUAAAUCCAGGAGGCCUGAAAUCAUGCCUUAUGGCCCGAGAAAGAAGGCAAAAUCCAUUGCUGCUACUCCUACAGAUUAUGAGCAAGUGGACAGUGAUACUGACACAGACUAGAGUAGACAAACAUCAGAGUGAGAAACUCUUUGCACAUAUCCGAGUUAGGAUAUUUUUGUUUUAUUAUGGUUCAUGAAUAUGUACCGUAUACUGAACUUAUUUUCAUUGUCAUACAUAAAUGUAGUCUAGUCACCUUGUAACACAUGGUUUCUCGGCUAGGGGAAUAGCCAAACCAUCUAUGCAUAGCCUAGUUUCAGUCAAUGAAGAGAAACUAUCUUCUAGUCAGCUUGACAAAAACGGCAAAAGUACACUAAGUUCAGUUCAGCAUUGGAUAGUGACCACAUUAUCAGUCUAUUCGCAACUUACUUGUACAAUACACAAUUCAUUAUAUGACUAUGGUACUCUUCGGAGUGUGAUUCAGAUGGAAAAUGAGGAUUAUUCACUGAAGUUAAUGUGCAGUUAUCCAGUGAAGUGAUUGGUGCUAUUUAAUGUUCAUUAUCUUCAAAAGUAGUAACAUUGAGGUAUCCAACGUGACAUUUUCAUAGUAUUGAUCUUUCUUUCUCGUUCUUGAUCAUAAUGGCAUAGACUGUCAUUCUCAGGUCAUUUCUUUGUGAGAAUUAUUUGGUAUGAUAGAAUUGACAAGUUGUAUAGUAUUUUUUUAACAAUAUUAUUUCAAAUGUGUGUUAUUGUUUGCUAUACAGGUUGGUAUAAAGUUUAAACACAGGACCACUGUCUAUUACAUUUAGAAGAUUAAAAGUUUCUAUUUUACAAUAAUUAUUUGAAUUAUUAUCCAAGUAGUAGUUAGUAUGCGGAUAUGCUUAUGAAUGUAUCAGUCAUAGAGUAAUAAUCAAGUGACUCACCCAUUCCCUUAUGGAAUAGUCCUAGGCCUUCAGUAGUAACAUUACAGUUUGUAAUAAUAUGGGAUAAUUUUAUAGAAAAUAAGUUGCCUUCGUGCCUCUUUUAUGAAGGAAAACUUUGCCUUGGUGCCCCUCCAACUUGCCUUGGUGCCCCAAUUUUUGUUCUUGACACGAAGGCAACAUUUGCCGUGCCCUCAAAAAGUUAAAAUUCGAUGCCUGCAUGUAUAUAGGUUACAAACGAAUAACUACUAA